GCCCGCCCCGCAUCCCGCAUCCCGCCGGCCCCGCAUCCCGCCGCAUCCCGCCGCCGGCCCCAAAUGGAUUAUCUGCGGCUGGUGCUCUCCUGCCUCGUCCCCCUGCACGGCUGCCUGGCCGCCGGCAGCGCCCCAGAGCUCCUCCUGUCCGGCAAACUCAGCGAGUAUGGUGUGAUCGUCCCGUUCAGCACCGACUGCCGGGGUCGCUUCCUGUCGCACGUGGUGUCCGGCGACGCGGCGGCGGGGCUCGGCCAGCCCGCCUGUCCCCCGGCCCCGGCCCCGUCCCGCCGCCGCGUCCCCCGCAGCCCCCCGGAUGAGUCCCCCCAGCGCCGCUUGCUCUACUUCAACGUCACGGUUUUUGGGAAGGAGCUGCACCUCCGGCUGAGGCCCAACCGCCGGCUGGUGCCACCGGGAGCCGUGGCAGAGUGGCAGGAGGAUUUUGAGGUCCUUUUCCGGGAACCCCUCCAGCAGCGGUGCCUAUUCACCGGUGACAUCUCCGGGAUGCCUGGAGCCGCCGUGGCCAUCAGCAACUGCGACGGGCUGGCUGGCCUGAUUCGGACAGACAGCAACGAGUUUUUCAUCGAGCCCCUGGAGAGGGGCCAGCAGGACACGGAGGAGCACGGGAGGGCCCAUGUGGUCUAUCGGCGCUCAGCCAUCCGGCAGGAUGGUGCCGAGCCGCGCCACGACCUCCAUCCCGAAGUGCCCGGUGUGCAGCUGGGUGAGCUCCCAAAUUCCCUGGAGCAGAUGACGGAGCGGUUGGGGGACGCGGAGCGCAAGCGGCGCCACGCCAGGAAGGAUGACUACAACAUCGAGGUCCUGCUGGCCGUGGAUGACUCGGUCGUGCGCUUCCACGGGAAGGAGCACGUCCAGAACUACGUCCUCACCCUCAUGAACAUAGUGGAUGAAAUUUAUCACGACGAGUCCCUGGGCGUUCACAUCAACAUUGUACUGGUCAGGAUGAUCAUGGUGGGAUAUCGUCAGUCAGUCAGCCUGAUCGAGCGGGGGAAUCCAUCCCGGAGCUUGGAGCAGGUGUGCCGCUGGGCGCACUCGCAGCAGCGCUCCGACCCGGAGCAUGCCGAGUACCACGACCACGCCGUCUUUCUCACCAGGCAAGAUUUUGGGCCUGCAGGUAUGCAAGGCUACGCUCCGGUGACCGGGAUGUGCCACCCUCUCCGCAGCUGCACCCUCAACCACGAGGACGGCUUUUCCUCAGCCUUUGUCGUCGCCCAUGAGACCGGACAUGUGUUGGGCAUGGAGCACGACGGCCAGGGCAACCGCUGUGCCGAUGAGACCAGCAUGGGGAGCAUCAUGGCGCCGCUGGUCCAAGCCGCCUUCCACCGCUACCACUGGUCCCGCUGCAGCAAGCAGGAGCUCAACCGCUACAUCCACUCCUACGACUGCCUCCUGGAUGACCCCUUUGAGCACCAGUGGCCCUCAUUACCUGAGCUGCCGGGAAUUAAUUAUUCCAUGGAUGAGCAGUGCCGCUUUGACUUCGGUGUGGGCUACAAGACGUGCACGGCGUUCCGCACCUUCGACCCCUGCAAGCAGCUGUGGUGCAGCCACCCGGACAACCUCUACUUCUGCAAGACCAAGAAGGGGCCACCCUUGGAUGGGACCGAGUGCUCUCCUGGCAAGUGGUGCUUCAAGGGCCACUGCAUCUGGAAGACGUCAGAGCAGCCUUACAGCCAGGAUGGCAGCUGGAGCUCCUGGUCCAAGUUUGGCUCGUGCUCCAGGACCUGUGGGGGAGGCGUGCGAUCCCGCAGCCGGAGCUGUGAUAACCCACCCCCAGCAUAUGGAGGGCGCCAGUGCCCAGGAUCCACCUACGAGUACCAGGUGUGCAAUGCCGAGGAGUGCCCGGGGCCCUACCAGGAUUUCCGUGCCCAGCAGUGCUCCAAGCGCAACUCCUACUACACCCACCAGAACAGCAAACAUUCCUGGCUUCCCUACGAGCAUCACGACGAUGCUCAGAAGUGUGAGCUGAUCUGCCAGUCCGAGGGCACGGGAGAUGUGGUGUUCAUGAACCAGGUUGUUCAUGACGGGACCCGCUGCAGCUACCGAGACCCCUACAGCGUCUGCGUCCGGGGCGAGUGCGUGCACGUCGGCUGUGACAAGGAGGUUGGCUCCCUGAAGCAGGAUGACAAGUGUGGGGUCUGCGGGGGGGACAAUUCCCACUGCCGGACGGUGAAGGGCACGUUGGCCAAGACCCCCAAGCAGCCAGGUGCUUUGAAGAUGUUUGAGAUCCCAGCUGGAGCAAGGCACCUUCAGAUAGAAGAGAUGGAGCCAGCAACCCACAGCAUCGCUGUUAAGAAUCAAGCCACGGGGAACUUCAUCCUGAAUGCCAAGGGCAAAGAAGCCAAAAACCAGGUGUUCAUUGAGAUGGGCUUGGAGUGGGAAUACACUGUGGAACAAGGCAAGGAGAGCCUGAAAACCAGUGGUCCUCUGCACGAGGCCAUCAGUGUCUUGGUCAUCCCUCAGGAGGAGGAGGCGAGGAGCAGCCUCAUGUACCGGUACAUCAUCCACGAAGACCUGCUGCCCAUGAUUGGAAAUAACAAUGUCCUGCUUGAGGAGAUGGAUUCCUACGAGUGGGCCCUCAAGAGCUGGUCCCAGUGCUCCAAGGCGUGUGGAGGAGGCAUCCAGUACACCAAGUACGGCUGCCGUCGGAAAAGCGACAACCGGAUGGUGCAUAGAAACUUCUGUGACAGCAGCAAGAAGCCGAAGCCAAUCCGGAGGCGCUGUAACCUCCAGGAAUGCUCCCAGCCCAUGUGGGUGGCCGAGGAAUGGGGUGCCUGCAGCCGCUCCUGCGGGAAGCUGGGUGUGCAGGCGCGGGCGGUGCAGUGUGUGCAGCGCCUGCAGGACGGCACCAACCGCACCCUGCACACCAAAUACUGCCCCGGGCAGCGCCCCGAGACGCGCCGGCCCUGUGGCCGCCUGCCCUGCCCUGCACAGUGGAGGACAGGAGCCUGGUCCGAGUGCUCGGCGACCUGUGGGGAAGGCGUCCAGCAGCGGCAGGUGGUGUGCAAGGGCAGCGACAGCGGCGCGCGCUGCGAGGGUGACAAGCCGGAGGCCAUCCAGGGCUGCCAUGUGGCCCUCUGCCCGGGGAAGCUCUCUGGCAUCACUGCCAGUGCUGAUGCUGGUGACCACGGCACGACCAAAGGGCAGCGGGUGCCCCAGGAUGGAGCCAAAAACCCCGUGAGCAAGAUCUCCUCCAGGGAGCCUUGCCUCGGGGACAAAUCCAUCUUCUGCCAGAUGGAGGUCCUGGCUCGCUACUGCUCCAUCCCUGGAUACAACAAGCUCUGCUGCGAAUCCUGUGGGAAGAAAGCCUCCUCCACCACUGGCUCACCCCCUGUCACCGGCAUUCCCCCAGGAACCACCACUCCCAGCCCUGCUCCGGCGCUCUCCCCCUACCCCACCACCCCAGCUCGGGGGGAACCUGGUGGGGACCCCACUCCGGCACCUGGGAUAUCCAGCAGUGGUGCUUUGCCAGGGGAGCUGCCAGCCCCGAGAGAGCUGGGAAGGGGCCAGGAGGCCAGGUAACCUGCUCGGGACCACCUCCCUGUGGGGCAGGGAAAGCCUUUCUCCCUCUUCCGUCCCUUUCUCCCUGUCUUUUUCCUCUUCCCCCAACCUCCAGCAAUGGUUUUCAUGGGUGGCACUGCCAGGUUUGGAAACGACCCGGCUCCAUACCCAGAAAUUCUUGGGAAAACCACUCAUUUCUCAUGAUCCCCCCUGCCCUCCCAGCCGUGCCAUGGUGCUUUUUAACAGCGCCAUGGAAAAAAAGGUGGAAAGGAGCAAAAACAGCUGCGGGUAGACAGGCUGCUUCCUCCCAAGGUGCUAAAAAGAUUUGGGAGGGGGAUGGCUUUAAUGUUGCUUUUUCCUUCCCCCUGCUCCAAGCAGCAACACAGGAUGUGCUGGAGAGGAGGGUCCUGGCUUGGUGGUUCAGCCCUGAAACUUGGGGAUAGCAGUGGGAGGAUACUGAGAAUCUGGGGGGGCAGGG